CCCCGCAAUUUCCUCUCCGGUCCUCUUCAAACCGGCAAAGCUACCCAGCCAUACCUACAUUUCGUGUCGUUACACCCGUCCCGUGAGACACCCUCCAGCUAAUUUCACAUCCUCUCACGGGCGAAGAAGGAGUAGGCAAAGAUCUAAGGGGGAAAAAACAACAAUAACAACAACAACAACAACAACAACAACAACAACAACAACAACAACAACAACAACAACAACAAUGCAGGUUAAGAACCCGCGCCGGGUCCUGGCGGUCUCGCUCGCCGACUCGACGCAGCAUCUGAGCAGAGUCAUCAAAGACCUGACGGGUAGCCACCCGGAACCCGCAUCGACAACCCUUGCCGGCACUACGCACCUCCUGUCCCUCAAGACGAGCUACUACACCGCCGACGUGCCCAUCUGGCUGGACCUCAUCUCCUCACCUGCGGAAUGGUCCGCCUCGUUCCUCUCGCCCGAGGCCAAGGAGGUUCUCACCGUGCUCGGCGGACUGGCUGUCGUCUUCUCCCUACCUUCGGCAUCGUCAUUCUCAUCGUCUUCCGGCGUGGCGGCGCCCAUCGCUGAUGCUUCGCCAGCCGUCCCUACGACGAUGACGACGACGACGACAGCGACACCUGCGGCACCGCCCUCCGCAGAUGAGACCCGCGCGCUCAUCACCGAAGUCGGCAGAGUCGUCCGCGAAGGGCUCGGCGGCUGGGGAUGGGACGGCGUCGGGCUAGGCAUAGGCGUCGGUGAGGGCGAAGCCGAGGAGUGGGAGGAGCUCUGCGCCGAGUGGGGGCUCGAGUUCGUGCAGAUCAGGGGAGGGAAGAAGGAUGACGGCAAGAAUGAGUUUGGAGAGAAGAUGGGCAUUGCUCGGGUCCUCGAGGCCCUGGAAUCCAACGACUGGGACGCCGCGGACGACCUCGACGGCGAGCUCUCCGACCGCGAUUCCGACGCCGACUCCGCGUCGGGCCUGCCCAGGAAACGCAAACCCCUUGCGGACGGCGGCGACGACGGCGACGACUUCCAUCUGGACCCCGAGAGCCUAGACUUUGGUUUCGACAAAUCCGACUUUGAAGGCCUGAAGAAGGCAAUCUGGGACCUGGAGCAGGAUGAGGAGCGUGAUGCGGAUGCACACGACGAGGAGGGUGGGAGGAAGGCGACAGAGGGCGGGGCUCCAGGCGACAGGAAGACCGCCGAGGACACUGGCAAGGGCACAGGCGGAGACAAAGUCGAAGAUGAAGGGGACGAGGAUCUGGACGGGGACGAGGUGGAGAAGAUUGAGCGGAUGAUGCGCAAGCUGCAGGCUGUGAGGGACAUGAGUGCGGGCUUGCCCGAGGAGCAGAGGCGGAGGAUGGCCAAGAAGGCCGUUGGGGAGGUGAUGAAAGAGUUGUGAAAUGUCCGGUCCAUGUCGGGACAGUCAUGCUCUCGGAGGCAUAAGGGUAGAAACAAACUUCGGUUGAGAGCAACUGGCGUAUGAUGUCGUCUUCAAUCCCCGGGCGGAUGAACAAGCUGCUUGAGCUCUGUUGAGAGCUAUCCCAUGAGAUUAGACGACCGAUACUUGUCACUGGUAUCCAUCCACGUGUUUACCCUCCCACAAGCUUCCACAACUGGAUUUUGUGUUCUUCAGUUGAAAAUUUGUCGUCGAGCAAGGGCACGGUAGAGAGUCUUGGAGUUUUCAU